GCCAAUUUCUUGUUUUACAAAUAUGCGAUUAUAUAUUAUCAAGUUAAUUAUGUAUGAUAUAACCCAAGGCAGAUACUCAUUACCACUGUAACCGGCCACUAAUUUCUAUUUAGUCUUUUUUCUGUUUGGCUUUGCCGUGUUCUACACUUUAACUCUGCUCAGCUACAACACAACAAUAUUCGCCAGCAACGACGAUGCCUGCUCAAUUAUCUGUCUGCUCCGCGCUAGCAACGCCGCAGUCAGCCAAGAUGGAAAGAGAAUGAAAAACAGGGCCGCUUCAGCGUCUGCUUCUGCUAGUGCUCGUCGUCUCGUACUUGCAGGGAUACGAUUUCGUGUCGACUGCUGCACGCCCAUCGGUGCAGCCUGUUCGUCCUAGAGCUAUAAGUUACUGUGUGUGCUGUUCUUACAGACGUCCGCUAGCUGCAGCACGACACAAUGUUGUUAGUGCUGUGCUUAGCUAUCACUAGUUAAGUGGGGGUCCAAUCGGCAGGAGUAGAGCGGUGUUGCUAGACUCAGACAGAUAAUCAGUCAGUCGAGCUGUCGUCUGUAACAUCGGCGUGCGACAGUAAGAAAUACGCUCGCGUAGAUUCGCGUUAGGCGCUACUACUCGCUGUGGAUCUGUUGAGCUGCUUGAUGAACAACUGCGGGUGAAUUGAGGCUAUUCGUUUGGCUAAUGCCCAAUGCUGUAUCCUCACCUAUCACAUUUGUCUCGUCAGCGAACGAACAAGUCUUCGUUAAUGUUUUCCAGCAGCUACACCGCGAAUGGGGUAUGUUGAACUGUGAUGUGUAAGGACCUGUAGGAACGCGAACGAGUCGUAUGAAUAUAUUACGACACCACGACGAGAGCGACUCGAUAGCAAGCAGACCAUUGUGGCUGAAACGACAGCACGACAAAACAGCAUCCGCGGGCGGCGUAGUUUUGUUCUGAUCGCUCGCCUGCACGCUGGUACCGUGCAGCACGCCCUGUAUGUCGCGCAUCAAGUACUAUCAAUUCAAUCGACGUUAGUAGCAACGAAAACCAGGAACAUCGUUGCGUUGAAUCGAAUCAUCAGCGAAACGACGUGAGUAGUCGAAAACAAAAGACCUGACAGACAGCAUACUGCUCAAAGGCAGACAAUCAGACUGAAUAUCAAACCAGGCUCACGACAUACCGAGUCGACGGAAGGCACACAUUGCCAACGACGGGAACUGGUGGAGAGUCGAUGCAAAGCAUCAGCAGACAAACUAAUCAUCGAUAAUAGUUACACAACAGUACGAAGUUACAAGCUUGAGAUAAAGCAACGCUUCACUAUUGCAUUACAAUAAGAGCUUCGGAGUGAUGUAGAGUUUCGAAGGUAAACAGCAGCCUUCGGUAUCGGGUUGGAAAAUCGCAGGAUUGACGCGAUCAGUUGAUCGACCCAUCGACGUUCGUUCCGUGCUGAUUUGUCGUCACACGUUGUCGUUAUCGAUGUCCCGAAAAGUGCUUUCCUACCAGAAAUGUUCUGUCCCGAAUUUCUGUCGCGUAACGUUUUGCUAAAGGGUGCUAACAGAGGCUAGGCAAGUAGGGCUGUAGAUCCGUCGUAGACAGCUUUGUGCUGCAGGGGGCUUGAGAUAGAGGCCUAUUCGGUAGAAGUGAGUUUGAUGAAGUUUCGAAGCUUGUUUACUAUUUCGCUCGGCGUGAAUUGGUUGCGGAUGGUCAUGAGGCUCUGCUCUGAAGAACAACGAGAAAUCGACGCUAGCGCUGAUAUCGUUAAAUUGAAUGCGUAGUGUGUGCAGACGCUUCAUAUCGUUUCGGUGAUUUAUUGUCGAAAUAGCACCCUGUAUCUGUAUAUUUGUGCAUAAAUCCUUAAUAAGAUUGUCGUCGUCGCAACGUGUGGAGACCGGCUGUUAAAACACCAUCCAACAGGUCUCUAGUUUUCAUUGCGGUGCUGGUUAUUGGCCUGAUGGCCUAACAGAAACUUUGUUCAUUGAGAAAAAUCACUUGAGUAACAUAGUCCUGUUUAUCUGCCGUUAUACGUGGGUUGUUCAUGUCAGGACACAGCACGCACAUUAGUUGCAGCUGUGGAAUAGUCGUGUUAUUACUGUUAUUGCUAUCACAACCGCGUACCUGUGCCUCAAACUAUUUAAACGGAAUGAUUAAGACUAUUUAGAAAAUUCGUCAGAGUAGUCUUUGCAAAAGGCGAGGGCAUUGUUUCGUCCACAUCGUGCCUCGCAACUUCUAAGCUUAAGCCCGCAGCCAGCAGUUGUGCGACUCACCGAAUUUGGUUGUCUUGCCCGGCCUAACAAUGGCAGACAGUGCAAGCGAAUCCGACUCGAGCUCAGUUGAUGGCCUGAUGGUCGCCCCAAGUCCGCUCACUCGUGAACAGUUCCAGAAACGGAUUGACUCACUUCGACAAGAGAACCGCGUGCUCAAAAUGGAGCUCGAGACGUUCCGUCUGCGAGUCAAACAGCUGCAGGAGGAGAACACAGCUUUGAGAAGGGCAUCUGUUAAUAUUCAAGCGAAAGCCGAACAAGAAGAGGAGUUCAUCAGCAAUACACUGUUGAAAAAAAUACAGGCGCUCAAACGAGAAAAAGAAACUCUAUGCCAAAAUUACGAACAGGAAGAAGAGUGCCUUACCAAUGAUCUCUCGAGGAAGUUGACCCAGUUGCGUCAGGAGAAGGUUCAACUGGAGAAAAGCCUUGAACACGAACAGGAAGCUCUUGUCAAUAAACUUAUGCGUAAAAUCGAGCGCCUUGAAGCUGACACAUUGACGAAGCAGAACAACCUGGAGCAGCUUCGACGGGAGAAGGUGGAACUGGAAAAUACCCUUGAACAAGAACAAGAGGCACUGGUCAAUCGUCUUUGGAAGCGUAUGGAUACACUCGAGUCGGAGAAGCGAUCUUUGCAGGAGAAAUUAGACCAGCCGUUGUCAGCUCCGCCGUCGCCCCGCUCAGACGUCCCACCGCCACGUCCACCGAAUCCAGAUCCUGCUGGAAUGACCCGACAUAUUCGAAAUCUCAAGCAAGAAGUUAAUCGACUGAAAACGCUUUUACACAAGACUGAACGCGAAAGUGCAGAAAAAAUUGCGCAGCUUUCCCAAGAAGAGCGUCAGAUUAAGGAGGAGAACAUUCGGCUUCAGCGUAAACUGCAAAUGGAAGUAGAACGACGUGAACAACUUUGCAGACAUCUCUCUGAAAGUGAGUCGUCGCUUGAGAUGGAUGAAGAGCGAUUCUUCAAUGAGGGGCAUUGUGGUCGGGGACGAACUGUCUCUUCGCCUGUACCUCACACCGGACCCGGCCAACGAUCGAUUUCUCCGGCACCCUCUGGUCGCUGUGGCGACGCGGGCGCAGUACCAUUCCAUCCUGUAGGUAGCCCAAUGGGAUCGCUUCACGCUCGAUGCUGUCCAACCUGUCAACAGCCACUGUUGUAUCCGCUUACCACAAGUGGACAUCAUCCCGGAGGUCAUCGAGUAGUUGGUGCCGAAGGACAAUCACCAUCAACCCCUCUUGGUGGUGUUUCACCGGGACCCGCUUCAAUGCUCCCACCCAACCAUCCGGCGACCGCGGCAGCAUCAUCCUCCUUUGCGACUUCAUCGGCUCGCACAUCACGAAUUCCUGUCGCAACGUCAACGAGUCCCGUUAAUCUAAUUAUGGGUCCGCCUGCUUCACCAAUGGACACAUCGCGACCAGGCUACUGAGUUCCACCGGACACAUACAUGGAGCUGACUGGAAGCUAGCAAGCCGAUAGGCAGACUGUAGCAUAAUCCGCUACAUCUCAUUGUUGGGCCAGCAACAUACAUAGCAUACGAUAGCUUGUGCGGCUCAACAGAACGAGAUAUAGUAGAGACGAACAAUGGAGCUCUAUGUAUGCAUUAGAUAACAUCCAUCAUAGAACUAUGUCUUUAGUCUAUUAGAAGUGAGUAGAACGGCGCAGCCGGCGAGUAACAGUCGACUGCUACGGCCGUCUGACAGUCGUGAUCGUGAGUCGAGAUUUUCCUUCUAUCGCCGUGACCGGUCUACCUUGCCUAUCAUUCGUCACUAUCGUACAGCUGGCACACCCCAGCACAUGUUGUACGUGGCCGUAUAACGACUUUAAGAAAAAAUAUUUUGUUUUCGAAGCGCGAGUGUCGAUGAAAGUGAGUAUUGACGUCCCCUUACAAGAGGCCUUUGUUCAAUGACCAGUGUCUCUCAGCUUAGAGAUACGUUUAUAUUUGGAUAUAAAUGUAGUGACGGAAAUACUAAUAAUGAUGAUGAUUACGUAUGUGGAAAAGCCUAGCUGAAGUAAACAUUUUUUUACGCAUAGGAAGAAGUUACGGCAAAAACGAUCAACGUAUCGUGAGUAAACACGCAAGAAAAAACAUUGUUAUUAUAAGUAAACGAGUGGGAAGUACGCCGUUAUUUUCUUCUGUACGAUGAAAGAAAUGAUAUUAUCCGACAAUAUUGUUUGGUUUAGAUGAACGAAUACUCUUGACUAAUGUGCCGUCCUGCACCCGACAGCCAAUGUGGGAAAUUUACAAGGUCAAAAGAAAACAAAAGGCAAACACGGACAUGAUGCACAGGGUGAAUUCGUGUGCACACAUCUUUGUGUACUGUUGGUAAACGUCUUAGACAUAUUUGCCCUUGUAGUCGUUUUUCCUUUAGAGACUGCGCUUCUAAUUAUGUAUUCUUUAGAUAAUGAAAUACGGCAGGUUAUUGGAAAAAACUCCUUGCUCGGCAAUGCUAUCCAGUUGUAGUGAUGGCAGGCAUUUUUUGCCUAACUUUAGUACGUAGUUAACCCGUUAUAAUUAUGUUCAAUUUCUACCGAGUACAAGCUAUUGGCAAGGUUAUUCAGUGCAUUACUGGAUAAAACUUCCUGAAAAUCAAUUUUUUUAUGAAAGGCAAUUUUAACACUCGAUAAUCACUUUAGUACCGUUAUCGGCAUCUAUGCAGAAACUACAUAGCUCUUUAGUUCCGUAAAUGCUACAUGUCUCUCUUGGUUUCGUUUUCUCGAAAUUUGUGAAGUACACAGAAAGUGUGAAUUGAAUUUUAUAUUUUGAGCUCUUUUAGAGACACGAACUAUGGCGAACUGUUUGUGAAUAGCAGAUCCGGGUAUUCAAAAUAUAUUCGAUCAUUCUUAUUUCUGGCUUACAUAGUCCAUCCUUUGAACUAGAAAGGAAAGUGGCUUUACGUAUUUGGGAGCACGGAAGACGAUCGAUUUCUUGCACCUGUGCCGUUUUUCUUCAGGAAACUGAAAUGUUGGUAAUGAAAAGUCGAAAGCACUUUUUUGCGAAAUUGUGCAAGCUUUUCUUUCGAGAGUGCUACUUUCUUAUAGAUUGAGAUAGAUUUAUUGUUUAGUUUAAGGGUCCUGCUCAAAACCCUGUUUGCUUUUGCUGAGAAUGUGUGAUGAUUGAUGCGCACAGACUCCCCCUCUCUGUAAACAUGACGUGGAGGAAGAUAAAGCGUGAAAACAGAGAAAAAUAUACAAAAUUAUAGGGAAGAUAAAACGAACGAUAAAAACAGAACUGAGCAAACAGGUAGAAAGGAAUAAAGGCUGAAAAAAUUGAUAACAAUUUCAGCGAUGACGAUAACCACUCGCCGAGUGGGUACCAGCAACUGCUACUAUUAGAGUUACUUUGCGAAAUAUUAUUUUCCCCAAUUGUUGUCUUGCUGUAGGAAUCCAUUCCAAUUCUAUGAAACGAGAAUUACAACGAGACCAUUGUCAACUACUAUCGACAUACAGGGCGUCCGAGAAAUAAAUACCAGAACACUCUAAAAGGAAACAGUCCAGCUUUAGCCGAAACGAAAAUUCUUGCAGAUUACAGGCUCUUAAGUCAUUGUCUUAAAUCCAACCUCUCAUUAGUGGUGUAGACGUAAUUUUUCCGACGUCCUGUACAUACAGAACCAGUCAUGGUUGAUAUUACAUUGAUUGAAUAUAUAUGCCACUGAAGAGAUGCGUAUACUAUGAUGAUAGCGCUGACAGACUGAUAUGACAAAUAACCGAAAUUACUACCAAAAUAAGGUAUUGGGUAGAAUGACGAAUGACUAAAUACAAUGAUAAGCUGGACUGAAACUAGUACUGUGUGUAAUCGAUCAGACUGAUACACUACGAGCGCUGGUGGACCCUUAUUGCCGGCGUGCUAAAAGGAUGCCUAUGACGUGUAUAAAAUAUGUAAGGGUUAUAUGUGACAACGAGGUAAUAGAAAAACGCGACUCAUAGAGAUGAAAGUAAGCAAAGAAAUGCAAGCCAUAGCCAUCAGAAAGUAAUGGCGAAUGAAAUUCAGACCGUAUAGAAUAACUAAUAUACCGCAUAUAAAUAAGAUAAUAGGAAUGGCACAUCAACCACGUUUCAAUGAAAACCUGUUCUUUUUUCAGUAACUUGUUUGUAGUGAAUGGUUUUUAUGUAAGCAUAACGAGAAAAAGAUGCGACUUUACAUGCCUUGUUGCUUAAUAAACACAGCCCUGGUACAGUUAUGGGGCAGUAUCGUUUGAUUUUAUAAUAGCCGGGUUUAGAGGCUCAUUUUUAAUUAGGAUUUUAAUACCUAUUAAUGGGGAAGAACGUAGUUCACCACCUUCUAAUCGGACAAUGGCCUAGAGAUUCCGUCAGUGAUUUUGGGUUCGUAAGGAUUCUAGUUUGCAGCACGCUGAACACUGGCAGAUCGAUACAUGAUUGCACUCAAAUUUGUUAUUAAUAUCAUUAUGGUCGUAGUUAUCGUGGUAGUAGUUGUGUUAAUGAGUCGCACUUCUUAUGGCACAACGAUAAUUGCAUUAUUAUUACUAGCCGUUCAUGCACAACAAGAGUCCUAAAUUCGAUACAAACGGAAUGAUGGGAUAAUGCUAGUGUCGUACACCACUCUUCGUUUGUACUCGAAUGAGGGUAAAAAAAGUUACGGCUAUUUACCCUCGCGCAGUAUGCUAUCAAGACGAUCUUACGAACAAUUCUUCACACGAAUACAAUGAUAAGAAUGUAGGUUUUCAAGGAAAAACAGCAUCGUUCAUUCUUUGAUGACCAGACUUCGUGAAACCAGCUAAGAAGUAGUGUGUGAUGCUGAAGUUCAGAUUGAAGCGUGUAGGUUAGGUCUACGAUACAUCUCAAGUAUAGCUUCGGGUCUCGGCCACUGUUGGAGCCAAUAAACAUUAAAAGUGACUGAUGAUGUUAGUUGGGAUCUAUAUUCCUAAGGCAGGCUUUUUCCACCCCUAAGUGAGUCGAGCAGAUUCGCAUAGUCUCUACCAUACGGAUCUAAGGGCAAGAAUGUGUUAAGUGGCGUUAUGUAUGGGUGGGACAACUUAGUGCGAACUCGGAAUACGUUACGGGUAGGCACUGUAAUGACCUUUUGGUGGCCAAGCUGGGCUGUCACUAUCGAAAUGUCAAGACGGCACGAGCAUUGGCAGUCAAAAUAAUCCAGUGCCUAUUAGAGGAUUUAAACAUUUAUAAUUUUACAAAUAAGUGAAUAAUUUCGCUUAAACACUACAAGCUACGGACGCUUGAUACCGGCAGAUAAAUCAAUCUAUUUUAAAAUAAAUUCUUUCUAGUUGCAGUAGGAGAAUCUAGAGCGCAUGAUGGUAGAAUAUAAGAUAAUAUUGUGCUUAUAGUAUAAGAAUGAUUGUACACCCAAAUCAGCAACGAUAUCAUAACACACUAGGAAUGCAGCGUCGAACAGAAAAUUGAACAUCAACUUUGGGAACUAGCUGGUGAUGGAGUUAAGAAAAAAGAAAAACUGUACAAUAGACAUAUACAUAACACGUGUCACAUGCUAGUCACAUGGCAGUGACAGCGGGCGAGAUCAUCCGGACAUAGUAAAUAUAGUUAAGAUAAAUAGAAAAGACAGACAUGUUUAUUAAACCGCGGAAAAAUGUUGAAAUGGGAUAGCCGAUCACACAUUAAUAGGAACCAUAAUGAUACCUGAAUAACAAGGUGAAUCUAGGCUUAAGGGGCCACAACGACGUAAUACAAACACAGAUUGCAUGUAUUGAUCGGAGUAAAUACGGAAGAAAAAUAAGUGAGCAUAUGCGCGGUCAAUGGGAAGUUAGUAUCAAGUCAUGAAUGGACGAUUGAAAGUUUAAAUUAAAAAUACGAUCGAUAAUUCCAAGAAGCAUGGAUUAAAGCAUAUAGAUGUGUGAUUGCUACUGGCGUAGCAAAAAAAAAAAGACUAUGAACGUUUCGUGUUGUGUGGGGCUUACUGAAGACUCCCGAGGUAAAGAACGCCCCAUAGCGUCAUCUCAACGAAUUGGCGUCGCCUGAUGAAUACAAAGUACGUAUUAAAUGCUUGACAGAGGUGCGGGAAAUAGAAUACAGCGGACGAAUGAAGUUAUGAAUAAUUUGAAGUUAGGCAACCGAACGCGAGAACGAACGAAAGAGACAGAUAAGGAAAGCUAAACGGGCAGAAAAUAAACGGAACGAUCAUGAAGUGAUGCGCGGAAGUGGAAAGGAGGACCUCAUAUAAGAAGUCUAGAUAGAAAUGAGUGACGAACAGCGGAACUACAGCAUUAAUAGCGGCAACAACUGCAGUAAAAAAACAGUAAUAAUAGUAAUAUUAAUUAAUACUAUAAUGACUAUAACAAAAGACCGAAUAAACUUGCAUAUACCAUUAUUUUCUCUUAA